AUGGUCGAGGUGCCACUUGCUGUGGUCAGAAGUCUGAAGGCUACACUUGAUGCAUAUUCCAUUCUGGAGGACAGUGUAUCACGGGCAGAGGCUGCAAACCAGGCUAUGAUGGAUGCAAUCACUGCUGUUGCGCCCCAAGAGCCUGAAGAGCCCCAAGAGGUUGCAAGCAGCCCUGAAGCCAAAAGGCUGUCAGAGUCAGAGAGGCACCGUCUCUUCCAACAAUGUGAGAAACUGGAGGGGAUCCUACAUGAGCGUGAGGUGGCCAAGGCUACAAAGGAGAAACGCCGAAAGGCUAUGGCCAAGCAGAAACCCAAAGCAGUGGCCAAGAAGAAAGCCCAAUGCAAGCCAAAGGCAAAAGCAAAGGCACGGAGCGCUGCUGCAAAGCGCAGGGGAGCUGCCAAAAAGAAGGAAGUGGCAAAGAAAGACACAAAGUCAAAGGAGAAGAACAAGGACAAGGGCAAUGCCAAGAGCAAAAGGCAGGAUGACACUUCGAAGAAGCUGCACAGUGUCUACUCAAAAUUUUGGCAUGAAGCAGCUGCAGAAGGUCGAGACCCUGCAGAGCGGCGGCAGAUUGCAUGUGCUGCUCGCCGCCAGCAAAAGAGGCAAGCCUACGAUGAGAAGUUGGCCAAGGACCGAGAACGAGAAGAACUGGUCGAAGGAGGUCCCAGUGGCGGCUACUCCAAGCAACAGGUUCAAGCUCCGAUGGCUCGGGUGAAGACAGCACCCACCUUCGGCUCGAAGAGACAAGGGCGGAUGCGCACGGCGCAACCUGGAAGUGGCCCCUACUGUCCUCAGGAGUGGAAAGGUAUGGGCUCCGGGCAAGCCCUCCUGAAGAUGCUCACGGAUGAUAUCACUGCCGAAGAGAAGACUCAGAAACUCUUAGAACAAUAUGUGGCCCUUCCGCGCUGCAAGGAAAGACGGCAGGAAUGGGCAAGUGGUCUUAGAGGCAAGGACAAGCAAGAUCUCAAAGCAGCAGCGAAGAAGAAGGAACAGCAGGAGCGUGCCAAGUGGUCUGCGUGGCUCAGUAAUGGCGUGCAAGCCGCCAAGGCUGACAGCAAGCCUAAGGCCAAGGCCAAAUCCAAGUCCAAGCCUACUCCAAAGCCGCGUCCCAGCAAGCCUGAGGACCUAGCGCCCGAGGAGUUGGCGCCGGAUUCCGGGGCGGAGCCGCGGGUGGCCCAAACGGGCUAA